CUGAUAACUUCGUUCCCUUAUCAACGUGUGGUUAAUCAUAUUAUUUUUUUUUUUUCAGAAACAUUUAACAAGUAAUAACAUCUUUAUUCAAUAACUAACUUUAUAUAAUAUACAACAUAUUAUAUAUAUGUACACUUAGCAUAUUAUUAUAGAUACUAUAGUUAUUGUAGAAACAAUUUAAAACAAAACUACAUAAUGUUGAUCAAAGUAAAAACUUUAACGGGAAAAGAGGUAAGUAUCUACAAUUUAUAACUUAAUAUUUAGUAUUUGUGUUGUACCUAUAUUUUGUAUUAAAGUUAUAUUUUUGAUUUUUUGUCAUUGUAGAUUGAAAUCGAUAUUGAACCUACAGACAGAGUGGAAAGAAUUAAAGAAAGAGUUGAAGAAAAAGAGGGUAUUCCACCCCAGCAACAAAGGUUGAUUUUUUCUGGAAAACAAAUGUAAGUGGAUGUAAGGUAAUGAUUGUGUUUUGCAUACAAAUUUUAACAACAGGCUAUAUUAUUGGUUUUAGGAAUGAUGAAAAGACUGCUCAAGAUUAUAAAGUGCAAGGAGGUUCAGUAUUACAUUUGGUAUUAGCAUUGCGAGGAGGUAUUUGCCGAUCUGCAUGAUAAUGUAUACAAAUUAUUAUUACUACACUGAUCACAAAUAAUUUUUUUUCAACUAUUAU